AUGAGCGCAGACACAGUGGAGCAGUCGGAGGCUGCAGCUGAACAGGCAGAGCAAAACGGACUCAACUUCAAUCGACAAAUAAAAACAGAGGACAUCAACGACUCACCUCAUUCAGCCUCCGCACUGAAGACAUGUCAUCUGACGCAGAGCUCUCCAUUGCCUGGCGGUCAGCUGACUGGGGAGCUCACCUCUCUCCACACCAUGCAGCAGCUGGUUCUGAUGCCCCCGUCUCACCUGUCGUCUCCUUCCCCCUUCCUGCUCUCCCAGAGCCCCACCAGCCACCAAGCCCUUCUGCAGCAGAACCUGCUGUCCCUCCCUAGCCAGAGUCAAACAAGUCUCCUUCAGCAUCAACCUGGACUUGCUCUGACUCCACAGGCCAUGAGUCGCUCAGGUCUGGCAGGACCGUCUAUGGAGAACCACAUGGACAUGUCCCAUCUGCAGAUGCCCAAACACAUGGCGGUACCAGCACAGGAGGAACCCAGUGAUCUGGAGGAACUGGAGCAGUUUGCCAAAGCAUUUAAACAAAGACGCAUCAAACUGGGCUUCACUCAGGGAGAUGUGGGCCUUGCAAUGGGAAAACUGUACGGCAAUGACUUCAGCCAGACCACAAUCUCUCGCUUUGAGGCUCUCAACCUCAGCUUCAAAAACAUGUGCAAGCUCAAACCUCUGCUGGAGAAAUGGCUGAGUGACGCAGAGAACUCACCUUCCGACUCAUUGAGCAACCCUAUCUCUCUGCCGCCACUGAUGGAGGGCUACGGACGCAAACGGAAAAAGAGAACGAGCAUCGAAACGAACAUCAAGAUGACUCUGGAGAAACGUUUCCUUGAUAACCCCAAGCCCAACUCUGAGGAGAUAACUCUGAUCUCAGAGCAGCUGUCCAUGGAGAAGGAGGUGGUUCGAGUUUGGUUCUGUAAUCGUCGUCAGAAGGAGAAGAGGAUCUACUGCCCGGUGGCUAGUUUACCGGUCAAAUCACACAGCUACAACUCCAGAAUGGCAUCAGCAUCCAGAUCCUACAGCCCUUUGGCUUCAGGCGGAGUUUCAUCAAAUUCCUCUCCAAACAGCGUAAGCCGUGAAGCUUCUCCCAACGGUCUGUCCACAGCCUCUGCCUCUUUAACGUCACAGGUCAACCCAGCUUCCUACGGCUCACCGGGGUCCUGGUACCGCACGUGGAACGCUGCUGCGUAUCACCACUGA